AUGAAAGCCGAUCAGCCGGGCCAUUACACUUUUCAAACGAGGGGUCCACGACAUGUCGUUCGGAUAUUGGCUCUGGAUCGACACGCCCUGGAACAUCCCAUGACGACCAUGGGCGUGCCAAGGCCCAAAAUCUUUAACAACGAUCUCAACGAAGGCCUUCCCUACCCUCGCUGGCUCCGAGCGAUGGAAGCGAAGCUAAAUGCUACCACCUUCCGCACCGUCGCCGACUCACUGGCCUUCGUUCAGUUACGCACUGGAGGCCCUGCUUGGGACAUGCUCGAAGCCCGUGUUCCUUCGACCCUAGAUCCCUCCAACACGCCGACAGCUCUCCACUUCUUCUCCCUCGAGGAUCUGUUUAGCUAG